AGCACACACGAGCGUGCGACUCGACAAGGAGCCCGAGCCUCGCAUGCAGGCGGCCCCGCGCAAGGGGGCCGUCGGCCUCUUCGUGUCGUGCCGUGCGAAGGUGUCCGUAGUCGUUUGGGCUCGGGACAUUGGCUCGAGGGUGCAGUGUCUUGUGCACGUUGGCAUCUCAGCUUCCAUUGAGCUUCGUCGUUUGUGAAAGUCGUGCCUGUUUCAAAUGGCGCAAGCUGCCAUCAUGGCGAUUCUCCUCGCGUCCUCAGCCUCGCAGCCUUGCGGCAGCCGUGUCGACAUCAGCUUUGAGCAGCGCGCAGCCAAGUUGGAUCAACGUCCAUCCAUGCGCAACGAUGACAUUACUCCAGGGAAGCACAUCGUUUGCCCAGUGCUGAAUGCUUUCGUGCAGAAUGGCGACAUGAGGACGAACGGCGAAAAUGUGGAUGCCGAUACCGUCAUCAAUUCGCUCAUGCGGGCCGGGCUUAAUCAGCCAGAAUAUGAAGGCGAUCGAUUGCCGCCUGGCCUGACACAGAGUAAUGCCUUUGAGUACACCCUGGGCAUCUUCCUGAAAAACAAAGCGGGCAAUUACCGCGACGAGGAUGGCGAUCUGACACUCCCGAUCUACAAUUUCCCUGGGACCAACCACGAGCACAACAGUCAUACGGGCAUCACCACGCAAGAGGGCCUUCCGUUUGAUGCCGCUCGGUGGGACGAGUUGGCCGUUCGAGCAGAUCGCAAGCUUGUCGAUGGAAGAGACUGCUUUUCACGCGACGCGUGGGCCGAGGCCAUGCGAUCCUUCGAGAUGAAAUACUACAAUGGCACGGGCAGCCACGAUAUUGACAACAGCAAGGUUCGCUCCGGUCACUCCAUCACAGCGCCAGAGGCCAAAUGGGGCGGCGGCUGGUUGAUAGGCAAGCUGUUGAACCACGGUGCCGAGAAGGGCAACGAAAUCGGUGGAAAGCGGCUCGUUGCAGGCGUCUCACAAGUGUUCAAUGGCAUGGUCAAUCUGUUCUGGACUGGCGAUUAUGGCAACCUAGAGCUGUACAAAGCACGCGCCAAGCAGCUUGAGUCGCAAGAAGGGAAGGCCGGCUUGAGCUUCCCAUGGCUCGACGCGAGCUUCUGCUUGCCUGUCGACGAGCUGAAGGCGCUGCUCGUGAAUGGCACCUACCCCGUUUCGAGCGGCUACGGCGCAAUGGCGAAGGAGGAGUACCAAGAGAAGGGCAAGGUGUGGAAAUUCCCUAAGUCACGCUGCACGGCGACCUAUUUUCAGCAGGGCCACGAAGGAUACGAUCCCCAUGCUGCGUGCAUCAAUGGCGAGCCGCCGCUCGUCGACAAGUCCGUCGUGGCGCCUUGGGCCAAACGGUCUGCCAUUCACGUCUUGUUCGGGAAGAGGUAGGCUGCAGAUACAGUGGAGACCCACGCCAAAAAACACCCUGCUUGCCUCCAGGGUGCCCUGGGUUUCUUGGGUUUCGAUGGGUUUGCGAUGGAAGGCGUGACGUUCCCACACCAAAAACCAAUGGACGUCCUGGGGUCUCAGGGUUGGGUUUGCUGUGGAAGGUUUCUUGUGGUCGAGCUCCCACUGUACCAAAGUGGGUUAGAUGUGGAGAUCGGACGGCCUUCGCGAUUUGGGUGAUGGCAGCAUCGCUGCACCAAGGCUGCCGCGUUGCACGCGCAUGCGAUGCCGCUCGCUUCGGCAAGGAGCGGCGUGGCUGGCCAGGCCGAGAGGUUCAGAGAUGGGGUUAGAGAUGCUCCCGUCACCAAGCUGACGGGCGGAGGGAGUGAGGAUGUCAAUUAGUGUCGACGUCCAGGGCCGCCCCAGAGUUGUGCAGAGCCGGCAUGGUCUGGGUGACUGGCUGUUCUUGGCACUUCGCCACGGGAGGCCAUCUCUCGCGUCUCUUGUACUUCUUUUCGUUGUCCGGGUGCUCGAGUCCGCCGCUGCUGUUGUGCUGUGGUACGCCGCUGCUGCUGCUGCUGCUGCUGUGAGCUCGAGUCCAUUCUCCCCUCCCCUCCUCCUCGUCCUCUUCCAUGCCCUCAUUUCCUUUCCCCCUGGUCGCUGAUACGUUUCACGGGUGAACUCGUAUCGCUCAAGGCUCCUGCCCUGUGCCCCGCGCUGACCACGCAGACGAGAGCAUCGGCAGGUUCACCAUCGCGAGAGAA